CUCGUUCAUAAUUUGUAAAAGAAUAUAUUCUACAAGUCGGUAAAGUCAGUAAAAUCGUACCUACAAAUCUUCUUUUAAACAAAUUGUCAAUUGCCAUUUUCUACUAUGUACAUAUACUCAAUAUUUUCUUGGUUUUAUUAACUUUAUAUUUUGAAUUAAUAUUUAAUUCUUUGUGAUUCGAAAACAAUGGGGAAAAGAAUAGUUCUAAUUAUUUCAUUACUGUGUUGUUAUGUAAAUUCAUAUUCCCGUUUAGAUGAAAAUGAAACAUUAAAAACGAAAACAUUAUCUUUAAAUGUUGAACCAGAAUUCAAUGUGCGCCAUCUAAAUAAACCAUUUAAAAUUAACAAAUUAAAUUUAAUUUGGAGUAAAGCUAAACAAGUAAAACAUUAGAUUAAUAUUUAUUAUUUUGUUAAUAUUUAUAUUUACCUAAAUGAUUUAUGAAUAAUUCAUAGAAGCGUUCAGAACCGGAAUUAAGAUCUUUGCUAUCAGAAUUGCGAAUUCAAGACGAAGAUGAACGAGAGCUAAAAGUACACAAAACCAAAAAUUUGGACAAAGAUGGAGAAAUGGAAUCUAUUGUUCGAAAAAAACUUUUAGGUACGUUUACAUUAUUAACAUUAUUUAUAUAGUAUUGUGCAAAUUAGCAAUUAAUGUUUUACUACAGAAAAAUAAUAUUAUGUUCAUUCCAAGAAAAUGGUUAAAUAUAGAAGCAAAGUGGGUGCAUGCUAUAUUUUUGUAUAUCUUUAAAAAUAAAAUAUAUUUGUACAGUUUUAUGUAUUUGGACACUGAAAAAUUGUAUACAGCAGUAUAAAUAUCACCUUUUAUAUUAUUUAUUAGUUAUUACUAAAUUUAAUUACUGUACGGCGUAGGGAAAGAGCGCACCCAUUGCCUAGUACAUGUAAAUGCUAAUGACGGGAAAGAAACCACGUUUAGUUCAAUUACAGGAAAUCACAGUUUACACAAUAAAACAAAUGGCAAUGGUUUUAAACUUAUUAACCUGGCAGUUAAGAAAGGCCUAGAAAUAAAGAGCAUAAUGUUUGACAUAGAGGUCACCAGAUAGAAGAUACACUAAUCAAAUCAAUCUUAUUCUGGUAAAUUCAAGAUCAAAAAUAGUAUUCAAAAUGUCAAAAUCAUUAGAGGAGCAGACUCAGAUUCAGAUCACAAUCUAGGAAAAGGUAAAAUGGAAAUCAAAUUCACAAUAUGUCCAUGAAUAAAUGUUGAACCUUUAGCCAGAUAUAUGAUAUAAUCAAGCUGGAUGGUCCUAUCUGUCAAAAUACUUUCAGACCAUAAAUUACGUCAAUUACAGUGGUGCAAAUAGAAUAGAUUUAUUAGAUGAUGGAGAAAAAUAAAGGGUAUCUUAAAUAAUGUAGUUGGUGUUGUAAAGGUAGCAAAGGAAAACAAAAAAACUGGUUAAACGAUACAUGUAUGAAGUCUUUGAAAUGAAUAAGCAAAUUCAAAAAUCAGUGGCUUAGUAACCCAGUAAACACUGAAAAAGAAAGUAACUAUAAGAUAUGCAUAAAAGAAUUUAAAAUAUUUUCAGAAGUAGUAAAACGAAGUUAUACCAAGAACAUACUAGAAGAAACAGAAAAGUACCAUAAAAAGAAUAGGUCAAUUAUUCAAAAAUAUUAACACUAUCAGAAGGGAUUUAAGAAACAAGUGAUCAGCAAUGGUUUACUGAUCACAGGUCAAAAUGAUAUUUAGGAGAAAUGGAGAGACUACUUCGAACAACUCCUUAAUUGCAAAGAUUCCACAGAUUGGUUUGUUUGGAGGGACGUAGAACCCGAUGAGAUUGAUUACCCUCGCCCAUCUAGAAUUGAUAUAAUACAACAAAUUAGAUUGAAAAACCUUAAAACUCUAGGUAAAGAUGGAAUCCAGAGUGAAGUAUUAAAGAAUUUGGAUGGAGAUGCCAUAUCAGAAAUAUAUGAUGUAUUAGAAAUGGUCUAAAAAGAAGAAAAGAUUCUGGAGCGUUGAGGAAUCACAUUAGUAUGACCAGUACACAAAAAGGUUGAUUCACUAGAUUACCACAAUUACAAGGGCAUUGCCUUGUACUCAACACAACUCAUCAAGUAUUUUGAUACUGGAUUCUAAACAGAAUUAAAUAGAUUUCUGAAGGAAUCCUGGAAAUUACCAAGGAAGAUUUAGACCAAACAGAUGAACCAAAGACUAAAUCUUUAUUAUAAAGCAGAUUUUUGAAAAAACAUGUGAGUAAAAUAAGAAAGUAUAUUCAUUGUUUAUUGACUUUAAGAAGACAUACGAUUCUAUACAUAGACCGAUUCUAUUAAGUUUAUUGAAAGAAUUAAAUUUCCCAAGAAAAUUAAUCAAUUUAAAAUUAAAAAAAUAAAAUAAAAAGUAGGCUUGCUAGUGUAUGCCAUCUUAGAAGACAACAUAGAGAUAGUGAAAGAACAUUGUAAGAAACUAAUACAGGCUGCAUGUUAAAUAUCGAUCUUAUUAUAAUGACAAAAAAACAGAAUAUAUGAAAUUUAGCAGAGUGGAUAGGAUGUAUCAACAGGGAAAGAUUAUAGAAGUAGAACAUCUUUUACAGAAUGUCAUAAUUUAAGUACUUAGGAGUUCUUUUAACUCAGGACAAUCAGGCGAAAACAGAUAUCCAGAAGAAUACAAUAUUGGCAAGCAAGUGUUUUUUUGGAGCUGGAACUCUCCUAAAGUUUAGACAGAUUUCUAUAAAUUAAAAAAAUAAAAUGUAUGUGACAUUAAUUUGUCUCAUUGUUCUAUAUGAAUAUUAAUAAAAGCAGAGAAAGUAAGAUUAGACAUUUGUGAAAAAAAAGUACCAAGACAAAUCUAUGGCCCUGUUUUUGACCCUAAAACUGGUGAAUGGAGAAUAUGGAACAACAAAGAGCUUUAAUGCAUGUUUCAAAGACCAAGUAUAUCAAGGGAAGCCAUAAAAAAAAGGUUAACGUGGGCUAGGCACGUACGGGGGGGAAAAUGGUGCAUUGAUAAAAGCAGUAAUUAAGGAGGGCCCUUUUGAAAAAAUACCUUUGGGUAACUCUUGCCCUAUAUGGGCUAUAUGGGAAAACUGUAUGAAGAGUUACAUUAUAGCAGUAAAAACUGAGCUAAAACUGGAGGGAAGUAAGUGAGAACCUCUCAAAAAAAAUUUGAAAAAUUAAUAGGUGUGUUAACAUUUUUAGUUAGGUAUACAUUAUUCACAUUAUUUAUAAAGUAUUGUGCAAAUUAGAAAUUAAUGUUUUACUACAGAAAAAUAAUAUUAUGUUUAUUUCAAAACAAAUGAUAUAAUACAGAUGCAAAGUGUGUGCAUGUUUUUUUUUUAUAUCUUAAUAAAUAAAAUAUAUUUGUGCAGUUUUAUGUAUUUGGACACUACAAAAUUGUUUACAGCAGUAUAAAUAUCACCUUUUAUAUUAUUUAUUAGUUAUUAUUGUAUUUAAUUUGCUCGUUAUUUUAUAGGUAUAUUAGAAAGAUACAAGUUAAGUUAUCAUUUUGAUGAGACUAUACCUCAGCCUCCAAAUAAUGAACCAGAUUUUUCAACAAAAGGUCAUGCAAUUGGAGAUUUGUCAGAAAUUGUUGAUAAAUAUUUGUUACAUGAUAAACGAUUGAAUCAAUUAUGGGCUCAAGCUAAACAGUCUGGUUUUACAAGUAAUAUCAUUAUUAUAAAAUAUCAACUACAAUUAUAAAACCUAAUAUUCAUUUAAUAUAUAGGUAUUGAGCUAAUAGCAUUAAAAGAUGAAUUCCUACAUCAUCAAAAAAAAAUUGAUGAAUAUUAUUCAUUAACAAAUGAAGUUGAACACAUGAAAAAUGAUAUACCCAAUAGUAAAUAUUGUACAUUUUAUUAUUUCUUCAAUAAUUUAUGUUUAAUUUUUGUAAAACUUAAUAUUUUUAAGCAAUUUCAAAAAAAGGAUUAAAAAAUAAUCAUAAUUCAUUACACGAAGCUGAUGAUUUUGAUAAUUUUAGUCAUAAACAAAGAGAUCUAGAGUAAAUAUUUUUAAUUGUUAUAUAUUUAUUUUUUAAUUGUUUUAUAAUUUUAUUUUUAUUAAGAAAUCGUAUACGUGAUAUAAAAGACAGCUUUGAUCGUCUUCAUCGGUUAUCACUCACUGGUCCAAACAGUGAAGAGUUUGUUGAACCUAAAGUACAAGAAAUAUGGAUAAAAGCCAAAGAUACAAAUUUCAGUAAAGAUGAACUUCAACUUCUGCAUGUAAGAAAGAAUUUACAAUUAUUGGUACAGCUUAAUAUGUUUAUUUUCAUACAGCGAUGUUUUAAUUCUAUUAGAUAAUGCAUUUUAUAAAGUAAAAAGUAGAAUGAAAGUGAUUUAAAUAAUGUAUUAUUUAGUUUACCAGUGAACAUAUUGAUUGGUACACAUUGUAAAAAUAUAAAGUAAUUUUGGUGAAUUUAUACAUGCUUAAAACUUUUAGGAUGAAUUGAAAGAGUAUGAACGUCGAUUAUUAAAAUUACGACACUUAAAUGUGGAUUUGGCAGCUGGAAAUGAACAUGAUGGUAUUGAAAUCAAAAUUAAAAAAGAAAAUAGGAAUGUGCAGAAGCUUCAUAAGGUACUCGAAGAAAAGAUACAUAAGCGGAGAGAAGAACUAUAGACUUUUAUAUGGUUAUCAUUUUUUUGUAUGAUUCAAUUUAAAAGUUAUUUGUAUUUAUUUUUAGAUAAAAGUUUAUUUCUAUGAAUACCUUAUACAAUGAUAGCAACUAAAGUUUAAAAAAUUAUGU